GUCGUUCAUGCUGAUAGAAGUGAGUAUGGAGCCAUGGACGAAGAGUGUUUGCUACUGGCGGAACUAGCUGCCACAGCAGUCGAUUUCCCAAAGACAGGGAAGCUGGUGACAAUGCCUUUCCACCUGAAACCGAAACUCUACCCUGAUUUCAUGGGAAAAGAAGAGUACCAGACUUACAGGUCGAAGAAGAUCUUGGGUCGGCUUUACAGACGUGUAAAAGAGGUUUACGACGAAGAUGCAGAAGCUUCCUCAGAAGAAAACUCAGACCCGGGUGACAUCCCUUAUGACACUGAUCUCGAAGUACCAGGAUUUGAAGAUUUCGUCCCUGAGGCAUGGGGUCACAAAUGUAGCUAUGACGGGCAGCUAAUU